UUGUAGAAUGCCCCCGGGUGAUCUUCUCAUCCACGGACCCGGUGGAGACGGCGAACUCCAACAAUCUGGGGGCUCGGGUUCGAGAUAGAGGUCGGCAUUCGGCAAAUACCAGACGAGACCUGAAUGGGCACGGAAGGCUGCAGGCGCCACUAACAAAAGGUCUGGAAGUUGGUGUUUGGAAAAUGGGAGUCGGCAGCAGUACUGAACUUGUGGUGGAACAGGAGAGGAGACCAGAGCUCCUUAAAGACCCAUGGAGGAAUGUUGAGUGGAACUCUAGCACAAGAAAGGACCUUGUGAAAUACAUACAGGAUUACAAGCCCCUUAUUGAUUCAGUGCCUCAGGCUCGGAUUCUUCUCAUUGGUCAGAUUACAGCUGGAAAAUCAAGCUUCUUCAACUCCAUCAACUCUAUCUUCCGUGGCAACAUAACAAGCCAAGCUGACGUAGGAUUUGUAGGAACAAGCCUGACCUUGAAGGACACCAUGCAGUGAGCGGGGUAGAACCAGGCCUUCCAGAAAUGGGCAAGGCAGAUGACCUGGCAUGUUG